AUGUCGGCAUUCAAUACACAAAAGACCAUGUUGAUCUUUGGCGCCACCGGCAAGCAAGGCGGUGCUGUCAUUGACAACAUCCUCUCAAACUCGCCUUCUUCUUCCUUUCAUAUCAUUGCAGUCACACGCGACCCGACCAGCCGCAAAGCUCAGGCUCUUGCUGCCAAUCCCAAGAUAUCUGUUGUUGAAGGUGAUUUGGAAAAUGUUGGUGCAAUUUUCGACAAAGCUGGCCCAGUAUGGGGCGUCUACAGCGUCCAGAUCAAUUCGGACGCAGAAGAACAGCAAGGCAAAGCUGUCAUCAAUGCCGCCGUACAGCAUGGUGUCCAGCACUUUGUCUACUCUUCAGGAGACCGUGGUGGACCUGAGCGAUCCCCCAAUAAUCCAACCUACGUCAAGAACUUUGCCGCGAAACACGCUAUUGAGAGACAUCUUGAACAGCAGGCGCGCGAAAGCGUGCAGCAGAUGACAUACACUAUUCUUCGGCCGGUAACCUUCUUCGAAAACAUCACGACUGAUAUCCACGGAAAGGGCUUCGCACGUAUGUGGGAGCAGAUGGGAAGUAAGAAGCUACAGAUGGUGUCGACUAAAGACAUUGGCUGGUUUGCGGGUCAGAGUCUGCUCUGGCCGGAGAUGUACAAGAAUGCAGCGUUGACGCUUGUGGGCGAUGAGCUCACACAACGUGAGGCGGAUGCUAUCUAUUGUGAAGUCUCCGGCCAGAAGAUGGCUCUGGCGCCUUGUCCGGUUGCGAGUGCGGUCAAGUUUGUGUUGAAGGGGUCUGUUGGUGAUAUGUUCAAGUGGUUCGCUGAUGAAGGUUAUGGCGGUGAUGUACAUGAGUGCCGUGGUUAUAACCCUAACAUGCAAGAUUUCAGAGCGUGGUUAGAGGAGAACAAGAGAAACUUCAUUUAG